UUAGUUUAAUUAAGUCAUAAGGUCAUAGAAUAACCGGGAAACCCUUUAGAUAAUAAGACUACGUAAUUUAUUCGUAAUCAUAACCCAUCGUUACUACAAAUCUCUUGGGCAAAUUAGAUGUCAAUCAGCCAAUCAAUGAUGGAGACUCAUUACCAGUAUGAAGAAGAAGUUCCUUCGAGUUAGCCAAUUGCAACGUGAAGCACACGUUAUGUCUUGUUGACAAUAACAUAAAAGCACAGUAAGGUUAAGUUUAAUAGUUAUUUUUAAACUCCAAUGAUUUAAUUGUUGUAGAUACAAUUUACAACGAGUUUGUUUACAGUGUUGGUAGUCAGUCAUGUCUACAGGGCUGCAGUUGCUUGGGACCACACUGGGCACUCUUGGCUGGUUGGGUAUCAUAAUAGCCUGUGCACUCCCGCUAUGGCGCGUAACCGCUUUUAUUGGAAACAACAUCGUGACUGCGCAGAUUAUGUGGGAGGGACUCUGGAUGAACUGCGUGGUGCAGAGCACUGGCCAAAUGCAGUGUAAAGUGUAUGACUCCAUGCUGGCACUUUCCCAAGACCUACAGGCCUCUCGAGCUAUCCUUAUCAUUGCUGCCCUAGUUGGUUUAGUAGCCAUAUUUGCCAGUUUUGCAGGUGGCAAAUGUACUAACUGCUUGGAAGACAGUCUUGCGAAGUCUCGGGUGGCCACAGCAGGAGGGGUUUUCUUCAUUGCUGCGGGUGUCUUGGGUUUGGUGCCGUCUAGUUGGAGCGCCCAUAGGAUCAUUGGAGAUUUUUACAAUCCACUUGUAGCUCAGGCUCAGAAGAGGGAGUUGGGAGCAGCCAUCUUCAUUUGCUGGGGGGCAGCGGUUCUCCUGUUGAUUGGUGGCGGACUUCUCUGCAGCUCCUGUGCCAGUGGAAGAGACUCCGGUCGGGGUCGAUAUAAUCCAGCAUCUAAAAAUGGAAGGGAACGAUUGGAAUAUGUGUGA